AUGAAUGCUCUCGUGGAUACCAUUACAUUUUUGAUGAAAUUUCUAUAUUAUGGUUUAGAUUCUCUAGUUCACACUGUAAUUCCCAGGAGCAAAAAGGAUGUGACUGGAGAGAUUGUACUUAUAACAGGUGCUGGAAGUGGACUUGGGAGAUCAAUGGCCAUAAAAUUUGCCAGACUUGGAGCCAUUUUAGUUUUAUGGGAUAUUAAUGAAGAAGGUAAUAUGGAAACAUGUAGAAUGAUCAAAGCAGCCGGUGCUUCAAAAGUAUUUGUGUAUAAAUGUGACUGCAGUAACAGACAAGAGGUCUACCAAGUGGCUGAUCAGGUGAAAAAAGACGUUGGUGAUGUGACCAUCCUCAUCAACAAUGCCGGAGUGGUAACCGGGAAAUAUUUUCUUGAUAUUCCUGACCACAUGGUCGAGAAGUCAUUUGCCGUCAACGCCUUGUCUCAUUUCUGGACUUAUAAGGCCUUUCUUCCUGCCAUGAUUAAAGCUAACCAUGGUCACUUGGUCUGUAUUUCAAGUGCAGCGGGAAAAAUGGGUACCAGUGCAUUAUCAGAUUAUUCUGCAAGCAAAUUUGCAGCUUUUGGCUUUGCAGAAUCCAUCUUCCUUGAAUUAACAAUUAUAUUGAAAAAGAAUAUUAAAACCACCAUUGUUUGUCCAUAUUUCAUUCAAACUGGAAUGUUUGCGGGCUGUAAAUCCAAGUAUCCACUUCUGCUACCUCUACUAGAGCAAGAGGAUGUGGCCCAAAAAGUUGUAAAUGGUAUUUUAGAGGAAAAAGUUUACAUAAUAAUGCCCAAAUUUCUGAGUUUUGCACUCCUCCUUAAACAGAUAAUCUCUCCAAAAAUGAUUAUUGCCUUAUGUGAAUACCUCGGACUGGAUGUCUGCAUGACCUCUUUCACAGGAAGAAAGAAUUUAGAUCAAGGUCAGCUGGAAACUGAGAGGAAACAACUUUAG